GUUUAGGAUUUAUGAUGAUUUUAAAAACAAAGGGAAAGAGGGAAAGAGGCGCAGGGUAGUAAACUGGAUGAAUGGCCGGAACAACAGCGGCGUCGGCGACUGGGUUGAGCUCCGGCGUCCAGAACACCAGCUUGAACCCGACGCAGUUAAAUAACUUCCGAAUUUCCGCCGUCAUCGAUCGUUUGUUGAUUCACUUAUACAACAACAGUAAAAACCACACCGAGUUCGAAAAUCUCUGCCUCUCGCUUGCCAGUUUCAUUUCAGGUGAUUUAUUUCCAAAAAGUCACGGAGGUGAUUCUACUGCACUUCAAGAUAUUUGCAUUGCAAUUUCCAGAGGUAUUGAUCAUGCCAUUUCAAAUUUUGAGACUCCAAACAGAUCGCAUGAGUUACCUUCUCUAAUAAAGCAGGUGUGCCAAAUGAAAAAUGAUAAUACCGCAAUGCAAGCAGCUCUUAUGGUCCUGAUGAUUUCUAUUAAGAGUGCUUGUCAGAAUGGGUGGUUUUCUGAUCAAGACUCUGAAGAGCUCAGCAAUCUGGCAAAAAAGGUUGCAAGCAAUUUUUGUAGUGCAUCAAAUUUCACCGCCGAGCCAAACCCUUCUCACCCAGUUAUCUCAGCAGUUAUGUCAAGAUACUAUCCGAGAUUGAGAAUGGGUCAUAUCUUUGUUUUUCUUGAAGUAAAGCCUGGAUUUGAUGCUUAUGUGAGCGACUUCCAGAUAACAAAGAAAAAGUGCUCUCCAGGAGAUAAGAUAAGGUUGUUAGUUGUCCAAACGGAUAAUAUCGAGACAUCUUCCUGCCUUGUUACUCCUGCCAAAGUAAACUUUCUCUUGGACGGAAAGGGAGUAGAAAGGAGGACCAAUCUUAAUAUGGAUACGGGCCCGCAAGUUCCAACAGUUGUGACAUCUUUGCUAAAGUAUGGUUCUAAUCUCCUUCAAGCCGUGGGUGAAUUUAAUGGAAAUUAUAUAAUAAUAGUUGCAUUCAUGAGUGAAGUGCCAAACCCUGAUAGUAACACCCUCCAGAACUGCGAGCAGCAUGCUCCUGCAACUGUGGAUGCAGAUUCUGAGGUUAUUGAAGGGUCAUCACGGAUAUCACUGAAUUGUCCUAUUAGCUUCAUGCGUAUUAAAACUCCAGUCAAAGGGCUUUCAUGCAAGCAUAUUCAGUGUUUUGAUUUUGAUGACUAUGUGGACAUGAACUCAAGAAGACCGUCGUGGCGCUGCCCCCACUGUAAUCAGCACGUGUGCUUCUCUGAUAUACGCAUUGAUCAAAAAAUGGUUAAGAUCUUGAAAGAGGUUGGGCCCAAUGUCUCCGACAUAAUUUUCUCCUCAGAUGGGUCAUGGAAUGCUGUGAUGGAAAGUGAUGAAACAACAGAGAAGCCAGAGGAUAAUACCUCAAAUUCAGGACGGGACGAGUCUCCACAACCUGGAGAUAUACUAGAUCUGACUCUGACUGAUGAUCCAAUGGAUGUUUUUGAUGCUUCUGGAAUUGUAGACAGAAAACAAUCUUUAAUGGCUAAUGCUCAGACUACAUCAAUCAACCCUCAUCUAGCCAACACAAGUGAUGCCAAUCAGAGCAGUACCCACAUUGAGAGUGACUUCUGGGCUGGGAUUUAUAUGUCAACUCUUGAGUCCUUUACUCCUACGAAUAGAGAAGUUGGGGCUUUCCAUCAUAAUGCUGUUGCUACACCUUCUGCACCACAGACUGGAGCUCCUUUGCCGCAAUAUCAGCUGUAUCAAGUUGGGAAUUCCCCAGUUAUUAGCGACUAUGGUAUGCCCUCAGCAGUUCCCAGGCAUAUAACUAGAACAGCUAGUGCAGUUCAGGCUCUUCCUGCUCAGACCCCUGCUGCUCCCAUCCUGCAGCGGAGUUCUUCGGCAAAUGCUGCGAGCAGCCCCUGCACACCAAAUGGUCUUUCAGCUGCUUCACAAGCCUCACAUGCUGCGCCUAACUUGACAACAAAUCGUGCCAGUCCACAUCAGGUGCCACCAAACGCAUAUUCAUCUCUAUUGUUGCCCCAGCAUACCAGCAUACAGCAAAAUAGUUCAUUCCCCUCUGCUCGACCACCUCAGCAAAGUACUGGUUUCCUGGACCCAAAUCAGGUGCCAAAUAUGUAUAGAGUCUCAAAUGAACACCAAAGCUCUACUCAGCCGACAAAUUUCAGGAGCUCUCGACCACCAAGUCAAUCUCCAGGUGUGAUCCAGUCCAUGCAAUCUUUAACCAACUUAAUGCGUCCCCAAAGUCAUGCAGGUGUAUCUACUCAACAAGCUCAUUUGAUUGCAUCGGCAAAUAGAGCUGCCCAGAUGUCUGUUGGCUCAUCCAGAGCUGUCCCUUCGUAUCCAUGGAAUUCUGGUGCACAGAAUACGCCAAUUCCGACAGGAGACCAAAGGGUCACCAACAGGGCUACACCUCCACCACAACCAGUCACAAUUGUUGAGAGUUCUGCAGAUCAGAACUGGCGGCCUACUUCUCGGAUGCGUGGAGCAUUAACGGGGCAGGAUUACGAGGAGGCCUUCAACAGGUUGAUUACACAGCCCACUCAGCAAGCUCAAGCUGCUCGACCAAUCUCAAGCCCCACGCCUCGUCCGAACAAUGUCCGGCCAAAUCUGUAGACCUUCAUGGCUGGUGGAAAUGUUCAGGUUGGCAGGUCGGCGGGGCCGGACAUUUUGCCCAAUGGUUCAUCUUAGAUGCACUGACUUUGACAUAAGCGUAUCUUUUGUGUUUUGAAACCUCCCCUCCUCUAAUUGUCUCUAUUUAUUACGUAUAUAUAACAUUUAGGAAUCUUGGAUGAAGUUUGCAGGAUGUGUCUGUGGAGGUUUUUUUGUGUAGUUUUAACUAACAUGAUCAAAUUUAAUGGAGAAUGGCUAGACAGGGACGAUUAUUUUCCUAAUUUUCUGCUCAUAUAAAAUAUUUUCAUUGGUGUCUCA